AUGGUUUUCAAUGCGGCCUCCGCUGACAACCUCUCCCUCUUCAAGGGUACGCUGCCCCCUCCCCCGUCCCGGAUUCUGACCCUGUCCCAGUUUUGUUGCUCGAGUGCUAACAUUUUGGAGGCCCAAUCCGUUGCAGCGCUGGUCAUGAUGUUGGACAUGGGCAGGGGCUGCCCCAAGGAGGUGAUUGAGGAGUUGAGGGUGGAAGAUGAUGAGACGUUUGAAGGUUUCAGUGCGCUGCACAUCGUGGUUAGUACAGGGAGUCUGGAGGUGUGCAGGUACCUCGUCGAGGAGCUGCUGAUAGAUGUGGAUCUGGUCGACAAGGAAGGUAGAACACCUCUGUUCUGUGCAACAUACCACAAUGGGGGUACUGCCGAGUAUCUUCUUGAUCAUGGUACUAAUCCAGACAAAGCCAAUAACGAUGGGUUUUCCCUGUUACAUUUUGCCGCUGAAUUAGGCAUUUGUGAAAUGAUAGAGCUUUUGCUUGCAAAAGGAGCUUAUGUUGACCCGGUAUCUGCUCGUGGAACACCACUUCAUGGUGCUGCUGGUGAAGGGCAUUAUGGUGCUGUGAAGAUUUUAUUGGACCACAAUGCAGAUUACAACAAGAUGGUAAAUGGUGUGACACCUCUUAUGGCUGCUAGAGAUGCCAACUCAGCAGAAUGUAUCAAGCUCCUAGUUAAGGUUCAGGAGGAGCCUAUGCUUAAACGGGAAAUCGCGGCAUCAGAGCUUAUAUCACUAGGGAGUAUCUCUUUAAAGAAAAAAGAUUAUGUUGUCGCAGCAAAAUUGUACAGUCAGGCAAUGCAGCUUGAUCCUGAUGACGCAGUCUUGUUCUCAGACAGGAGCCUUUGUUGGCUUAACAUGGGGAAUGGAAGGAAGGCUUUGCUAGAUGCUAAUAAAUGCAGAAAAAUGCGGCCUCAUUGGCCAAAAGCUUGUCACCGGCAGGGUGAAGCUCUGAUGCUACUGAAGGACUAUGAAGGCGCAAGUGAACGGUUCUUGGAUGGACUCAAAUUGGACCCAGUGGACAGUGAUAUCGAGGAUGCAUUACGGGAAGCUAUGAAGUCGUUGAAGACGUCUCGGAGCACGAAAGCCAAGUGA